UAUCACACAUGACAGAGCCGGAGGGGGCGAAGUUCAUAGCAGCAAAAAUGGCGCCUUCUGUUGACAGGAUGGUGCCAUUGCUGGUCGCACUGCUUUUUCUUUGUCUCGGUGCAGAAGCUGUGGAUCGCAGCAACUUCAAAACGUGCGAACAGAGCUCCUUCUGCAAGCGUCAAAGAGAGCUGAAGCCAGGUCAGUCUCCAUACAGAGCUCUGCUGGAUACUCUGGAGCUCAGUGACUCCAGGAUCACCCUGCAGCUCAUCAAUGAUAAUAACAAGGUGCGUCUGCUGCUGGAGCUCUACAGACUCCAGGGCAACAUGACGCGUGUUAAAAUUAAUGAGCUGAAGCCUCUCAAACCUCGAUACGAGGUUCCUGACGUCCUCAUCACUGACCCACCCACUGAACCAAUGACGUUGGUGGCUCAGGAUGAGAACGGCCUGGUGCUCUCUCUGGGGGUUGAUGAGCAGAGGGUGAUCGUCAGUGCACGCCCUUUUCGCCUCGACAUCGUGGAGGGCCCCACAGUGCUGCUGUCCCUCAACUCCCGUGGCCUGCUGACCUUCGAGCACCUGCGUCUGCGCAAGGACACUAUCUCUCAUAAAAUUACUAGCACAGUCGGUAGCAUGUGGGACUCGAUCAAGAGCGUUUUCUCUAGUAAACAUGACGCUGACACAGAGGAUGGCGGAGGAUCAGAGAAUGCAGAGCAGGCAGAAGAUGAGGAUGAACAGGCAGUGAAAGAGGAAGAAGAUAAGCCUGGCAUGUGGGAAGAGACAUUUAAAACCCACAGUGACUCAAAACCCAAUGGACCAUCGUCCAUUAGUUUAGACUUCUCUUUUCCUGGUGUGGACCAUGUAUAUGGCAUUCCAGAACAUGCAGACACGCUUAAGCUCAAAAACACAGAUGGGGGUGACCCGUAUCGUCUAUAUAAUUUAGACGUUUUCCAGUAUGAGUUGCACAACCUUAUGGCCCUGUAUGGUGCAGUGCCAGUCAUCAUAUCACAUAAUACUCAGCGCACUAUGGGCAUCUUCUGGCUCAACGCAGCGGAGACCUGGGUGGACAUAAGCUCCAGCACUGCAGGAAAGACGGUCUUUGGGAAGAUGAUGGACUUUGUUCAGGGCUCAAAUGAAGCACCACAGACAGAUGUGCGCUGGAUCUCUGAGAGCGGCAUCAUUGAUGUUUUCGUCAUGCUCGGACCAAAACCCAACGAUGUCUUUGCACAAUAUGCCUCACUGACAGGCACUCAGGCCUUUCCUUCUCUGUCCAUGCUCGGGUACCACCAGUGCCGCUGGAACUACAAUGAUCAGGAGGACGUGAAGGCUGUAGAUGAGGGGUUUGAUGAGCAUGACAUCCCCUAUGACUUCAUCUGGCUGGACAUCGAGCACACUGAUGGCAAACGUUACUUCACCUGGGACCCUAACAAGUUUGCCCAGCCCAAAGAGAUGCUGCAGGGGCUCAUGGACAAGAGACGCAAGAUGGUUGCCAUUGUGGAUCCUCACAUCAAGGUGGACAGCGGAUACAAGAUUCACAAUGAGAUUCGCUCCAAAAACUUUUACGUCAAGACCAAAGAUGGAGCAGACUAUGAGGGCUGGUGCUGGCCAGGAAACUCUGGCUAUCCUGACUUCACCAACCCUGAGAUGAGAGCCUGGUGGGCCAGCCAAUUUGCUUAUGACCAGUAUAAGGGCUCCAUGGAAAACCUGUACACAUGGAACGAUAUGAACGAGCCAUCGGUGUUCAAUGGGCCCGAGGUGACCAUGCAUAAAGAUGCUCUGCAUGGCAGCUGGGAGCACAGAGACGUGCACAAUAUCUAUGGCCUCUAUGUGCAAAGAGCAACUUUUGAAGGCCUGAUCCAGCGCUCAGGCGGCAUAGAAAGGCCAUUUGUACUCUCCAGAGCCUUUUUCGCAGGAUCUCAGCGCUAUGGGGCAAUAUGGACAGGAGAUAAUGCAGCUGAGUGGGGUCAUCUAAAGAUCUCCAUCCCCAUGUGUUUAAGCCUUGGACUAGUGGGCAUCUCCUUCUGUGGAGCUGAUGUUGGAGGUUUCUUUAAGCAUCCUAGCACUGAGUUGCUGGUGCGCUGGUACCAGGCAGGUGCAUACCAGCCUUUUUUCCGAACCCAUGCCCACUUGGACACUCCACGGCGUGAGCCCUGGCUCUUUGGCCCGGACAACACUGCUCUUAUCCGAGAGGCAAUACGCCAGAGAUAUGCUCUCCUACCCCUCUGGUACCAGCUCUUCUACAACGCAUACCGCACCGGCCAGCCAGUCAUGAGGGCUCUGUGGGUGGAGUAUCCUAAAGAACCAGCCACUUUUGCCAUUGAGGAUGAGUACUUGCUUGGUAAAGAUCUUCUGGUCCACCCUGUUACUGAUGAGGGUGCAAAGGGGGUCACAGCCUACUUACCCGGGAAAGGAGAGGUUUGGUACGAUGUUCAUACAUUCCAGAAACACAAGGGGGCUCAGAAUCUCUACAUUCCAGUCACCAUGAGCUCAAUCCCAGUGUUCCAACGAGGCGGCUCCAUCAUCAGCAGGAAGAACCGUGUGAGAAGAUCUUCUGUCUGUAUGGAGACUGACCCCUACACCCUCUAUGUGGCCCUCAGCCCUCAGGGGACUGCUGAAGGAGAAAUCUACAUUGAUGACUUCCACACCUUCAACUUUGAAAAGGAAAAGCAGUUUAUCCAUAGGCGUCUGCACUUCUCUGAUAAUGCCCUUUCUUCCAGUAAUCUGGCUCCAGACUCGAACUUCUCAACAGCAGCUUGGAUAGAAAAGGUGAUCAUACUGGGAGCUUCUCAACCCAACUCCAUCUCUCUGACAGCUGCAGAUGGCACCAAGUCUGCUGUGGAGUUCGAGUUCGAUUCUGCUGCAUCGGUGUUAACUCUGCGCAAACCUGGGGUCAACGCAGGGGCUGACUGGACUGUGCUCCUGCAGUAACAGCGCAAGCACAGUUUACCAAGACAUAGAGCACUUAAACAACAUUGACAUAUUCACACACACACACACACACCCACACACACACACACACACACACACACACACACAUAGGAUUGGAAUAAUUGUAGAAUAACUGAUAAGAUGCAGACUGAGAGGAAUGACAAAAAAAGAUGAGGUAAAACAGGACCAUUAGAGAAACAGUCUCUUUUUUCAGUUUAUUGUGCUCCCACAGUUGACUUCUAGACCCUGUAUUGUUUUAGCAACAUUUUUUCAGGUUUGAAGCAAAGAAGGACAGAAAUCACUGUAGAUGAUAUUGAUGCUCUAAUAUCAGAUAAAAAAAAAAUGACAGAAAUGUGGAAUUUUGCACUGACUUGUCUACAUCAAGAGAUGUGGAAUUUCAAAAUGGAGCUUGUCGAUUUUGUUGAAGGGAAGACCAAAUUUGUAGAAAUCCAAAUCCAUCCAGUAUUUAAGAUUUACUGUCUGGUUUAUUCCAAAUUUGGAAAACCUAUUAUUCCUUGUGUUCAACUCCACAAUGACUUGAAUAUAGGAUACUUUACAUUGAUCAUUCAAUUUUAAAGUGAAUUUGCUAGAGAUUUUUUUUUUAUGUUUGCUUUAUUUGAAUUUUUACCUUCCUUGAAAAUCCUGAACAUUUCAUGUGAAAGUUUUCUGUCUACAAAUGAAGAACAGUUGUUAAAAAUGAGCUAAAAAUCACAUAAACCUUAUAUCCGCAUUAUUGUCCAUGGGUGUGUUAAAUUAAUUUAAUGAAAUCUGUUUGAAUUGGAUGACUGUCUGUCUCCCUGAUAGAAGAAUUUGUAGUUUCAGGAUUCAUUCAUUCCAAGGUGUCUCGACCUCACUGAAAACCUGGCAAUCAGAUGUUGGUUUUGUUAAGCUGAACUGCAUUACAAUCACCCAAGCUUUGAAAUCAACUCAUAUUAUUAAAUAAAAAUCCAAGUUUGACAGAUGACAGAGAAAUUUGUCAUAGCGAGAUCAAGAAAUGAUGGCUCAUUUAAAUAAAAGUGAAGAUUUAGCUGUUUGACAAAACAUGACAAAAUGAGUUGUUAGCAUGUACACAGUGUUUUGCUGCAAGACAAUGAACAUGACUUGACUGUCCACCAAUUAUUAAUAACAUUAAAUGUUCAAUUUUAACAUGCAUUACUAGCAUUAGUAAAUCAGGCCCACUGUGUCAGUGUCUAAAAAAUUGAUGGAUAAAAUAAAGAUGUUAAGUUCCA